GAGGCGCGGAAAAACUGUCUGAGAGGAGCGGAGUAGUAUCAGUGCUGCUGAGAGCUGCCACGCUGCGCUGCAAACAGUCUCUCCUUGAGCGGGAGGGAGGCGAGCUGGAGUUUCAGAGGUGAUACAGGAACAGCAAGACGCGCUCCCCCCUGGUAAAGAGGGAUAAAAAAAACAAAAAAAAACCAGGCAGAGCGGAAAACAUAGUCCGGGUGUACGUAAAACCCGAGGACGCUGUGUUAUCAGAGAGCAAACGGAGACAAGUACAAAGGAGAGUCGAGCCGCCGAGUCCAAGUUAUUCCUGCGCUUCGCACCGAAGGCUGCGCUGAUGGCAUCCGUACUUGGAAACAACAGCCGCGCGUCGGGGGCUCAGAGCGGCCAGGUUAAAUGCAAGCUGAAAAGGAGAAGGAGGAGGCGGUCGAAGAGAAAAGAAAAAGUCAGUAUGCUGUCAGCAUUGAUCGCUCCCUUCAAGUACAUAAGCCCAGGGACCAGCAGCACAGAGGACGAGGACAGUUUAAGUACCAGCAGUGCCGAGGUAAAGGAAAACCGUAACAUUGGUAAUUUAGAGGAUCGCUCCAUAGGAUCUGCAGAGUGCCAGUCGCUUUUCUGCUCCGACUCUGCAAGAAGUGGCAGCUCUGGUCUGAAGAGGAAACGGCCACUGGAGGAGGACAACAACGGACACUUGUGUCAACUCCGCCUGAUCUAUAAGAAACUGUCCUGGUCUGAAGCACCAAAGAAUGCUUUGGUGCAGCUCAAUGAGCUGCGGCCGGGCCUUCAGUAUCGCAUGGUGUCCCAGACUGGCCCGGUCCACGCUCCUGUCUUCUCUAUCGCUGUGGAGGUGAACGGGCUGACCUUCGAGGGCACGGGCCCCACAAAGAAGAAUGCCAAGAUGAGGGCUGCCGAGCUGGCCCUCAAAUCCUUCAUCCAGUUCCCCAAUGCUCCUCAGGCCCACCUGGCUAUGGGAAACAUCUCAAACCCUUCGGCUGACUUCACGUCGGAUCAGGCAGACUUCCCUGAAACACUGUUCAAGGAAUUUGAGUCUGCGGCGUGCUCCGAUGGCCUCUCGCUCUGCAACUCAGCAGUAGAGAGCGAGCUUCUAUCGAGUGAGCUACUGAGACAUGGACGGUUGCUUCGCCAUACCUUGGACCUGAUGGUGCAGGCUCAGCAGAGGCUAGGUGGGAUUGUUCCAGAGCCAGAUGCCCCUAAGAGCCCCGUGGCAAUGCUCAAUGAGCUCCGACCGGGCCUGCGCUACGCCUGCCUUUCGGAGCGAGCCGAAGGCAGACGGCUGCGUAGCUUUGUGAUGGCGGUGCGUGUGGACGGGCGGAUAUUUGAGGGCUGCGGUCGCAGCAAGAAGCUGGCCAAGACCCAGGCAGCCCAGUGUGCUCUUCAGGCCCUCUUCAACAUCAGGACAGCACCUGAGGGUAGAACAGGCCUCAAAGCCAGCAGGAAGAGCUGUCCUCAUUUACCCCAGGACUUUGCCGAUUCAAUAUUCCACUUGGUGCGGGAGAAGUACCGGUCCCUGGUGGGCGGCUGCAGUCCUGCGCACGCUCGACACAAAUCCCUGGCAGGCAUCGUAAUGACCCGAGGUCUGGACCCGAGACAUGCCCAGGUGGUGGCGUUGUCCACGGGCACCAAGUGUAUCAACGGGGAGUAUCUGAGUGACCAGGGACAAGUGGUCAAUGACUGUCAUGCUGAAGUGACGGCCCGCAGAGCCCUGCUACGCUUCCUCUACUCUCAACUUGAACUCUUUUUAAGUAAAAGGCCAGAGGACUGGGAGGAGUCGAUAUUUGUGCGGCACAAGGAGUGCGGCUACAGGUUGAGAGACAACGUCCAUUUCCACAUGUACAUCAGCACCUCGCCGUGUGGGGACGGGAGGCUCAACUCGCCCUAUGAAAUCACCACUGACCUACACAGCAGCAGACACCUCAUGAGAAAACAUCGCAGCCACCUGCGGACCAAAAUCGAGUCAGGCGAGGGGACGGUGCCGGUGCGAUGUCGGGGGCCCGUCCAGACGUGGGACGGCGUCUUGCAGGGCGAGCAGCUCAUCACCAUGUCCUGCACCGACAAAAUCACCAGAUGGAACAUCCUGGGCCUGCAGGGGGCGUUGCUGAGCCACUUCGUGGAGCCGGUGUACCUGCACAGCGUAACCGUCGGCAGCCUGCGGCACAUAGGCCAUCUGGGAAGAGUUCUGAACCAGCGGCAUGAGCGCCUGGGCCCACUGCCCGCCACGCACAGACGCAACCAGCCCCUGCUCAGCGGGCUGAGCAGUGCCGAGUAUCAACAGCCGGGGAAGGCCUCAUGUGUGAGUGUCAACUGGACACUUGGUGACGCACAGUUGGAGCUGGUCAACACAGCCACCGGACGGAGACGGGACUCAGGGACACCCUCGCGUCUCUGCAAGCACACCCUGUUCACCCGCUGGAACAGACUUUACCGCAAGUCGGGGAUCCACGUGUCCGGCUCGGUGGAACGUCAGCUCAUGUACUGCGAGGCCAAGAUGGCGGCGCGUCCUUACCAGACAGUGAAGCAGCAGUGGUUCAGAUCUCUGCAGGAAACGGGCCUCGGUACCUGGGUGAAGAAACCGCCCGAGCAGGAACAGUUCCUGCUGUCGGUCUGAGGAAGAGAGAGCGUGUGUGUGUGUGUGUGUGUGUGUGUGUGUGUGCGUGUGCGUGUGUGUUUGUUUAACCUUAAUUUUUUUAGGGUAACAUGACUCCAUGCUCUUUACCAACAUCCUGCUUCACACCUUUAUAACUGGAGGUUUACCAGUGCAACCUCUAACUCAAGGCCAUCACCUGUGUGUGUGUGUCUGUGUGUGUCACAUUGUGUAUGUGUCGCCCAUCCACUGAAAAGAGAACAGACAUAAAAGAUGGACCCUUUCUUUGACUUGCCACUCUUUAAAUGCACAAACACACACGUUAGAGAAAACACACACCUAAAUAUCCCCCUCUUCACCUGUCAAGGAAGGGUGGGGUAACCUUGAGCAGAAUGAAAGGCAGCCGCUAUCUUGUCAUCAGCUAUUUCCGGGCCCCAAGGCUCCCGCUGAGGAACAGAGCCACGGGGAGAGAGACAGAAAGAGACAGAAAAAGAGAGAGAGGUGUCCACGUCCAAUUACCGGCCCUGUCAGGGUGACGGGUGAUAGAGGGAGAGAGAGGGAGGCGAUGGGAAGAGAGAGUAAGAAAAAGAGGACGACACACCAUUGCUUCAGCCGGCCUCACCUUCCCGCUCUCAUUUCUAUAUUUGUCCUUCUUCUCUGACUCACCCUUUGACUCCCGACUUCCUCCUCCCUUUGUCUCCAUUUCUCCCUCAUUGCCCUCUUUCCAUUUUAUUCCCUCCUCCACCUAUUUCACCUCACCUUCCUCUUUGUCACUCUCUCCUCCUCGCUUGCGUCUACCCCACCCCCCGCGCCUUUCAAGCGCAGUGGAGGUUUACACGACACGACGACAGGUUAAUACACUCUCUUUUUUUCUCCCAUCCUCAGCCCAACUGGGUAGAGAGAAGGAGAAAAAUCGAGGUACAUAAUCGCAGCCAUUACAGCUCGUCUAAGUACAGGUGGAGGUGGUGAUGGAGGGAGGGGAGGGGUUUUCUGUUUUUCCUUCUCUUUCAUACUAAUUUUAAUUCCUCUCUCUUUUGACCUGGACGACCUCAGUUUUCAGCCCGUUGUGACCCGUUUCCGUACAUCGAAGCUUGUUGUCACCAAUAAAAGCGACUUUGGAUCGUGACUCAUUAGCGAGGCCUUGUUGACCUGAUCGACUUGUGCUCCUCUCUGUGGUCAUGACCGCCUUGAACAGAUAAGUCAAGGUGGUGAGAGGUUUUGUAAGCUCACACCCCUUCACUGUCAGCGCUGUGGUCGACCUGAGGAAUUUUAUUUUGAAAUGCCAUUUUCAACACACUUAAACACACAACCUUCAUGGACGAAUUAAAAAUCAGCGAAGUGAAUAUGGACGUCCAUGAUCAGUACCAUGUACAUUUGUACCUCACACUAUUUUAUGUCUCUGCAUAUUUCAUGAGGGUUUUUUUAAGCCGCUAAGUGUUAAUAUUCAUUGUGAUCAUGACCGUGUUGUUCUGUCAUUGCUGUAUUCUCCAAGGAUUUUAGACAGGCAUCCAAAGCAGCCAGCAGCAUGGCUCAGUCAGCAGUAAAAUCUAAGUAGUGAGAGUGACAUCUAGUGGUGCUUUCCUGUUGUCGUUUUCCUGUCCUGCUCCUGCUCAGCCCUCGGUACAGAUACAGAACCAAACCCAAGUGCUGACUGUAGAAUGAGACCUUCAGUGUUUUGACACACAGGCAGAUUACAAGAGAGAAUUUGACCCACGUGUGCAUAGCAUUACAUAUUAGUGACUAAAUAAGCAAAAGAAAAAAACAUUCUUUGUUAUUAUUUAUUGAGAGUUUAACGCUCCAAAACUUUAAUCUGUUUGAUUCCGGCUGUGUGGGUGUGUUGAGAUCAGGUGGGUGUCUUUCAAAGAUGACUAGUACUAAGUAUCUAAUAUUUCAUUUGCAUUUGUAUGUCCCAUGAUGGUCUGCAUGCCAUUUUAAAAGCCUUUUUCAUCAUGAGAAGAUUAACAUUCUGGUAAACAUCUACAUUCACUGAGGGGUGAGGUCAUCGUCAGCCUGCACUCCAUAACUUCAGACUUGACGUGUUUUGUCGACACAGGUAACAACAUUCCUCAUUGCUUCACACCAUGUUUCCUAACGGCUGUACAAGCCAUGAAAACAGAUUUAUUUUGAGAGAUAAUAAAUAUAAGGCAUGUCUGAAUGGCAAUAUUGUAUCUAAGAGUGUAUAUAUGUAUAAAACAAUGUAUAAAAGAUGUUGACAAAGAUGUGAAAGAGAUCCUACAAUGUCUAUCAUGUAAAUUAAAGUAUAUGAAGAAUUGCUGCUACGGUCUGUAAAUUGCACUUCAGUAACGAAUAAAAAAGUGAAUGUUUGUACUGUAUAUGUGAAUAAAACCACAAAAUCUUGUAAUUUUA